GACACGCGUCACCCCACCUGUCUUCCUUCCAGUAAACUCCCAUUCCAUCUGUUAACCGUUUUAUAAGACCCACAAAGAAGCAGUAAUUGGUAGUUAAAUUUUUUCCAGUGUACGUAAAUGGCACCGAAGCGAUCCAAGAGAAGGGUGGUGGGCGUCGUCCGGUCGACCAGAAAAGUCGUCAAGGAAACCGUCCAGGUUUCCAUCCUCUCCGGCGAUGGAGACACCCAGGAAGACGUCGACGACGCCACGCAAGAAGACAUCAACAACCUCGUCGACAGCCAGGAAACCAUCGACGUACACCUCACCCCCGUCGACCAGCCGAUAGUCGUCGAACGACAAGAAGAGACCACCACCGUCCGAACCAUCCCCGUCGAGGAAGUAGUCACCCCGGACGUCGCCGAAGUCCAAAGACACAACAAACCACCAUCCCCAAAAGAGCCCGCCGCCCCCGCAAGCGGCUUGUCCGAAGAAGCCACACAAACACAACAAACGGUGGAAGAAGCGGAGAAAGGCACGGUGGAAGAAGGUGGCGGCGAGAAGAAGGCGAGGAAGCGGAAGCGGAGAGGCGGCGGCGGUUUGGAAGGGGAAGGGUACGGGAGGUAUGUUUACAAGGUGAUGAAGGAGGUGCAUCCGGAGAUGAGGAUAUCGGCGAUGGCGAUGAGCAUCGUGAACAGCCUGAUGAAGGACAUGUUCGAGCGGAUCGCCGACGAGGCCGCCACCCUGACGUCGCGGGUGUCGCGGAAGCAGACGAUGUCGUUUCGGGAGGUGCAGGACGCGGUGAGGCUGAUUCUCCCCGGUGACCUCGGGAAGCAUGCGGUUGCGGAGGGGUCCAAGGCGGUGGCCAAGUACGCCGCGUAUCAGAAGAAGAACGAGACCGCCACGGCCGCCAAGGGCAAGUGAAGAAAGACGGUCUCUUUUUUGGAUCUAAUAACGUGAUAAUGUUUGUAGCAGUGGCAACCGUUUGGCAUUUGUCAUUUUCCGUCUUUGUGAUCUAUUUGGGUUGUAGCGUUGUGUUUUGUUUAGUCUAGGUGUUGUGGGGUUUAGGCUAGGCCAGUUGGGUAGAUCCGGUUUUGUAUAUGUAGAUCAACGGAUUGAAAGGGCGACAAUCAACUAAUCGGUUUACCUUUUUAAUGCUCUCUUCAUUCUUUAAUCGUCUACAAUUAGGGUGGUUAUCAUUUUUAUAAACAAACCAAAUAAGGCUAAAUUCUAUUAACCAUGGAAUACAAUAUCAUAACCAAACCGUCCAAACUAAUAUAACAAUCAAAUUCACCAAACUAAAAUUAAUUGGUUAACUAGAUUAACCAAUAUAAAAUCACAUUUAUCAAAUUAAUCAAACUAAAGUUUAAUC